AUGCAUCCGCCUCAAUUGAGGGUAGUUCUCUUGAUUGGAGUACACCUCGUCCAUGGAGCAACCAGUUAUCUUGAAGUUGACGAAAAAAAACUAAAGGAAUGGGCUCAAUAUGGCAUAGACCAAACUAAAUACCCAAAAGAGAAACCUAAAAAUCCAUCUAAAGACCAAGAAAAUGACCACUCGAAUGAGAUCUUGGAGAAAGAAGGAGACAGAAUGCCCUCAAAGAAUGCAGACAAAAAUGGAGAUGCCUCAAACUCUAUCUCGAAGAAUGGCGACGAAGGAAACUCUAUAUCUGGGAAGUUGUCAAAGGAUCCAUCCAAGCAAGAAGAAAACUCUGUCUUCAAAGAUUAUCAUGUAUCUUUGAAUACUACCAAAAAAGAAAGCGAUUUCAAUGUUUUGCGGAAUAACCAUUCUGAAGAGCUGCAGGAGAACCCACACAAGAAAGAGGAGCAAGAAGAAAAUACAAAUUUAAUCUCGGAAAAUGACCCUGAAGAUUUACCAAGACAUCCGGACGAUGAGAGCGAGGUUUCAAUCGCUCUCCCGGGAGAUGAUGACGAUAGAAAUUAUGACUACGACAAGGAAAGGGAGAAUUGGAAUGAAUGGGCGCAGAACUACAGUGAAAAAGACGAAGGCUGGGGCACAACUUAUGGUGUGCACCUCAUUCUUGGUCCUCCUCUAUUGCUCCGCGAGCGCUGGCCGUGGGGUCGGGGAGGCCGCCGCCGCAACCGAUUUCGAAAUGAAUUGAAGUAA